GAAAAACAAAAAAAGGGUAAAAAAUAUAUAGAAAUUAGAAUUUGGGGGAGUGUGGACUAGGGUUUCAGUUGGAAACCAUGGCUUCUCCUCCGAGCUCCAAACCUGGGCCUGCUUCUCCUCCGGCUCAGGAGUCUCCCUUUUCUAGCUUUGUUAGCAGUUUGUCCCCCAUAAAUGCAAUCUGUGUUCGGAAUGCUCUUCAUACUGAUCUUGGUGUCCCCUCACCUCAACCUGUUUUCACUUCACCGCACAUCAACUUCCCAAGGAAGAGGGACCUUUCAAAAAGAUUCCAAAAACAAGCCUUUUCUGGUGCAGAGAAGUUCCCUUUGUUUGCACUUAAUGAUACAGUGUUCCCAGAAAAUACAGAUAUUUCUGGAUCAUCUUGCUUACAAUCAAUGACCCAGUUGAUACCUUGUAGUCAAAAAGAGAGCAACAAGGAUGGUCCUUCCCAAGACCCUUUCAGCAGUCCUUCCACUUGCGUGGAUGAGUUCCUGGCUGACCCUAUAGAAGCUUGUGAUGACCCUGUUCAAGUGCCUCGAAUUAAACUGACUGACUACAAUGAGACACAGAAGGAUUGUAAGAAGGAAAAUCUUCGACAGAUACAACCUCCUGGUAAGCUCAUGGCUGUUUCUGAUGGCAGCCAAUGUGUGAUACUUGGUAAAUCUGCAAUCUUGGAAGAAGACACUACAGAUUUCCGUCCUCUCAACACCAUUGAAGGCUUAAAAAUGGAUGUUUCUGAAAAUUUGACCUCAUUAGAUCAUGCUGAAGGGGAUAUACUCAAAGAGAGAUCAUCUGGGAAUAUAAAUCAUACUGAAAUAAAAAGUGGUUUUAAACAAACUAAAGAAAUUCUGAAUUUAAGGAAAAGAUCACAUGAGAAGCAGCUGGAAAAAGUGGUCACUGCUAAUGAUGAUCAAAUUGAUCCUGAUUUGGCCACAGAUCCAGCUUCAAGUCCUUGCCAUGGACUAGAUUUUGUGGGUCCGAGUUGUGCAGAUCGUCUCUCUCUCAUGCCAGAUGAUAAGGAUUGGAGCAGAGUGGAUUCUGGAAAACAAGACCAUGCGCCUUCAAGCGUUUGUUCGGAAGCAGUGGGGGAUGUUAACCUGCGCCAUGUGCAGAAUGGGCAAUGGCCAGAUUGUGGUUUUACCCCCCAGGUGCUAGCAGAAUCUAUUCCAGAUAAUCAGGAACAUGAUCAACAAGAUGAUUCAGGAGUUAGACCUGACACAUAUACUGAUGACAAAGUUACAUAUGAUCAGGAGGAGAGUGCUCAGCAUCAGCGUGCUAUGCGCAAACGUCUACAAUUUGAAGGUUUUGAUAAUCACAUUGGAUGGAAAGAGAGCUAUCCAAGCUUCACAAGUGCCAUUUGUGAUUCAGAGUCUCCAGGAACUUCUAUUGAUUUGGACAAUGCAUGUGCAGACUCAGCUCCGCUCCCCAGCAAAGAGCAGCUGACCCAAUUAGUCGAUUGUUCUGGAAAUGCUUUAUGCAAGUUGUCACUCUCUGCAUGCAGGAGGUCAAAAGUAGAUAUUGGGGCACAAGAUCAAUCUUUCCGUUCUGAGGGAAGCUCCUCUUUGAUAGCACCUACACCUUCAGGCAUUGGCUUGCAUUUGAAUAGUAUUGGAGGUUCUGCACCAAAAAGUUUCAAUAUAAACAUGCAAUGUCGGGAAAACGAUUUGGAAGUAUCUAUUGACAAAUCAGUUUCUGGUGUCCACAAGAUUGGUUUGCAGCAAUCAAAUUACACAUGCUCUUCAAGGACUAUAAGCCCUUAUCCUUCAAUAAAACCAAUUUCGCGUUUCAAUAAUUCUUUAUCCUAUUCUUCUGUGGAAAACAGUAGGGUAGAUUUGCAAGAAAAUCAAGAAAUUGAACCAUCUGCACUUGAUGUCAAACCUCAUGAUGCAAAAAUUGGUCCUUCAGAAGAUGCUUGCAGUUCAAAAGAGUUGACUCAGACGAGUCCCAAAAAGAAAAGGAAGAAAUCAUCUGACAAUGAUGGAUCCAAGCGCUGCCACUGUAAGAGAUCAAAAUGCUUGAAGCUGUACUGUGACUGUUUUGCUGCUGGAACACUUUGUUCUGAGGAUUGUGCUUGCCAAGGAUGCUUUAAUAAACCUGAACAUCAGGAGAAGGUUCAAGAAACUAGACAACAGAUAGAGACUCGUAAUCCCCUAGCAUUUGCUCCCAAAGUUGUCCUGCGUGUCACUGAGCCACAAAAGGAUAGUGGGGAGAGUAAACAUAUAACACCAACUUCUGCCCGACAUAAAAGAGGAUGUAACUGCAAGAAGUCUCAGUGCUUGAAGAAAUACUGUGAAUGCUACCAGGUUGGUGUUGGAUGCUCACUCGGAUGCAGAUGUGAAGGUUGUAAGAAUACUUUUGGCAGAAAGGAUGGAUCCUGUGAGGUCACAGAGAUGGAAUACAAAUUCUUACAAAGAGAGAUGAAAAACAAAAAGCUUACGGAGGCUGACUUGGAGAGUGAUUCAUCCUGUGAGAAGUUGGGUGUAAAGAUAAGAAAGGGUCUAUCAGCUGCUGAGGGUUGUGUCUCACGCCUUUCUCCUCUAACUCCUUUAUUUCAGACUUCAGAUGAAAAUGAUGUGCCUAAAGCUCAGCCUCCUGUCAGCUAUUAUCCAUCACCAGAAUCCGGUUCAUCUGCAUUAUUAUCAUACAAUGAGUCCCCAAGUUCUCCAAAGGGUGAUAAUUCUUUAGUAAAAUCAAGGGAAGACACUCUUUCUUUGGCACCUUGUGAUCAGGGUUUAAAUGGUGGAAGUGCUGCCAAAGUUGACCCAUUCUCACCCAGAUGGGACAGGUUUUCAGAUAUAUGUGACGUUAGUCCUAUGUCAAAUCCUUCACCAUCCGUUACUGGUUCUGCAGCUAUAACAAGUGUAAGAGAACGCAGAGGUUUGCAAACCAAAUUGUUUCAUGGAAGCUGUCACUUAUCAGCUGGUCUCCGUUGGCGCAGUUCUCCUGUCACUCCUCUACCGCGGUUUGGUGAUGGCAAGUUAAUUAUUGAACCAGACUCUGGCAGUGGAUUGCAUUGUAACGUUGAUGAUGAUACACCAGAUGUUCUGAAAGACACUAGUUCUCCUGCCAAGGCUGUAACAGCUAGUUCACCUAAUAAGAAGCGGGUAUCUCCACCAGCCAAAUGUUUGCAUGAGACAGGCUCAACUACUUCACCUGCUGUAAAGAGUGGCCGCAAAUUUAUAUUGAAAUCUGUGCCAUCCUUUCCUCCUCUCACCCCUUACAGCAAUAAACGCUAAAAGAAAAUUGUUACAUAGGUAUUGCUCUCAUCAUGUUGAGUUUGUUUGAUGUGGCAGUAACAACACCAGAUGCAUGCCUUGGGCAUAUUACUGUGGAUGCUCACUUAUUUUUUUCCCCUAGAAAAGGGCAGCACAUGCAGAGUAUUUGUGAAUGUGAAGUUACUGAAGGUACAAUAGUAACUUCUUUUAUCUGAAAGUAAUGUUUGCCUGAUGAUUCUACACCUACCUUAAUAACUGGAGAUGGACUAUGCUUUGUGUAGCUGGAGUUAGUGGUAGCAUUGGAAUAAGUGGUCUGUUUUCAUUGUGUAAAGUUGAAACUAAUCUGCAUGCUGCAAAUUAUGCUAGAUGGCAGCAUCUAUAGUUUUGUAUUGACUAAUGCAGGUUUGUCAUGUCACUAAACAAUACAUUCAGCCUAGGUCAGUGAUGCUGGAUUAAUCCAAUGAAACAUGCUGUAUGUGGAGGUUAUGUUCAUGAAGCAGCAAUGUAUUAUAUAGUUAGAAGAUAAUCAUGCAAGGUUACAUGAACCAAGUCUUGAUUUCUGUGUUGAGAUUGGGAAGGCUUGGUUUAAUUUGUGUGUUCAUUGUCAAAGUACAAACUGUUUUCAAUGCAAGGUUACUUGAUCCAAAU